ACUGGUAGUCACUGGUUAGACCCCCAUUACUUGUUUUUGUCACAGACCGAUGUAACGCUAGACCAGUUAAGCGGAUUUCUCGUUGAUAGGAAACAGUUGAGAUAGGACGUAACUACAGACAAUAUGGAUAUUCUUAAAGCGGAGAUUGCAAGGAAAAGAAAACUUAUUGACGAUAAGGAUCUUAUUGAUGAUUCGAAGAAAUACUUCAAACGAGCGGAUCUUGCGCGGAAGGAAGAGGAAGAAUAUUUCAAAAGAUGUGGAUACAAGGUUCAGAAAGAGAUGCCUGACAGAAAGAUGGAGAAGAAUGAGGAGAAGGCAGAAACCUCCUCUUCAUCCAACCCAGUAAUGGAACUGGAGCUCACAGAGGAGAAACUUCCCAUGACACUCUCCCGGCAAGAGGUGAUCCGACGACUGAGGGAGCGAGGAGAGCCGGUGAGGUUUUUUGGUGAGUCAGAUUAUGACGCCUUCCAGAGGCUCAGGAAGAUCGAGUUUUUGGCCCCUGAGGUCAACAAGGGGUUGAGGAACGACUUGAAAGCAGCUAUGGACAAGAUCGACCAGCAGUACCUGAAUGAGGUUGUCGGGGGAACAGAGGCAGGAGGAGAAGACACUCAACACGACCUGAAAGUGCACGAGGAGAACACCACCAUUGAGGAACUGGAGGCUCUGGGGAAAUGGCUGGGUACGGGGGACGAUCACGGAGACCAGGAUGUCAUUGCCAAAGUUCUGAGGUUCCUGCUAGGUGUGUGGGCAAAAGACCUUAACCGACGAGAAGAUCAUGUGAAACGGAGCGUUCAGGGCAAGCUGGCCAGUGCCACCCACAAACAGACCGAAUCAUAUCUGAAACCUCUCUUCAGGAAGCUACGCAAGAAGAGUUUGCCAGCAGACAUUAAAGAAUCAAUUACAGAUAUCAUCAAGUUCAUUAUGGAGAGAGAAUACGUAAAGGCGAAUGAUGCCUACCUACAGAUGGCGAUCGGGAAUGCUCCCUGGCCCAUUGGUGUGACCAUGGUGGGUAUCCAUGCGCGUACUGGCCGUGAGAAGAUUUUCUCCAAACACGUUGCCCACGUCCUCAACGAUGAGACACAGAGGAAGUACAUUCAGGGACUGAAGAGGUUGAUGACCAUCUGCCAGAAGCACUUCUCCACUGACCCGUCUAAGUGUGUGGAGUACAAUGCCCUGUAAAAGAUCUCUCACUCUGUAACUUUGUGUGUUGGUUGUGCUAGAGCUUCGUUAUGUACCCAUCAGGCAAUACAGAGCCAGCUUGAAAUGUUAAUUUGGAGAAUUCCAAUAUGUAAAUAUAGACAUUUUAAACCUUUCUAUUGCAUUAUUUCACUUGAUACAAUUUGCAAAAAUGGGUAACUUCACUUUGUCACACCAGCAUGCUAAUAUGUUAUGCUGUAGGGUGAUUGGGAAAGAUCUUCCGAUUCUCAGUUAGCAACAUUGUCUCUCUUUUUUUCUUUUUUAAUGCAUGUGCUUGAGAUUGUUGACAGAGAUGAUGUGUAAGUUUUAUUAUGCCUUAACUUCGAAACAUUCAUAUUAAAUAAUAAUUGAAAGCAA